GUCGACGUCGCCGUCGUCAUCUUCUCCGGCAGCGGCAAGCUCUAUGACUUCUGCAGCAGCUCCGCCGGGUAAGUUUUUUCUAUUUUUCCCCAUUUCUUCCUACAGAUGAUUAUUAUAUAUGUCAAUUUCCGAUUGUUCCCGCGCUUCAUUUAUAUUUUAAUAUUGGCUGCGAACUCACCGUUGUUUUCAGAUUUUUCUAUUUGUAUUCCGAACGAUUUGCAUCGAUAUGGCUGCUGAUGUGUACGCGUAUAGAGUUUUAUUUCCAAUUUUUCGGCCACGUGGAGAUAUAUCCGUAAAACACUGUAGAACAGAAAGGAAGAGUUAGUUUGUGAGUUAUGAGGGCCAGAUACCACUGCUUCCUAAAAGAAGAGUGAUAGGAAAUUAGGAAUUAGAUAGAUUCAUCCAGAUUAUAGCAGUAUAUUCUGUUUUCCUGUACAAAGAAGGAUGCAGUAGACUAAUUCAAUUAUAACAUUAAGGUAAAUAUAAGAAACACCGACAAUAUCGUAUUUAUACCUUUGACACCUUAAAAGCGGAUCAUCCACAUGGAAGAGUAACCGCUAACAAAGUCAAGUAGUCAGCUUAUCUACUGACAUGUAUGUCCAAACAUGUGUUCAAGUUCCACAAUUCACCUCCUACAUAUCUUAAUCUCUCAAGAGUUAAAAACGAUACAAAAAGAAACACCGCAAAGUAAUGAUAUGUGACUUGAAAAUAUGUUAAUAGUUUAGGAAAGUAAUUAACAUAAAUUAGUGAGACCAAAAACAUGGAAGAACAUUUUAUGUCCUAAAAAGAAAAGAGAAGAGAACAUCUUAUGUCCGAAACCACUAAUGUAAUAAACCUAUUGGUAUGCAAUGAAAUGGGAAGCCUCUUAUGAUAUGUUACACGGCCUGUGUUUGAAGCCACUACCCUAAUUGCUCCACAUUCUAAGCUAUAAGUCACUCUGCACUCUAAACAAGUAAUCCCUCCCUUCUGAAAUGAUAGUUUUGGGACAAAUUGUAAUAAAAUAAAAAAUUCAAACUGUAUAAUCAUUUUGAGACAAAUGGAGUAUUUCUUAUAUGUUCAUAUUGGAAUUUGGACAAUGAUCAUAGUUAAGGUGGUUCAGUGCUUUUACCAAUGAACAAAAAGUCUCUUAGAAAAAAUUUUGAAAAUUUUUAAGUAUCUGCUUUAUCGUUGAUCUCUUAUACUGUUUUCCAUCAAGAGUGCACCACCUGCAAAUAUACACUGUUGUGAGGAAUGUCAAAGCUAUGAUAAGCUUUCAUUUUUAUAGUGGAGAUUUUCUGUCUAUAUUGAUUGCAUCUGUGGAUUAGAUGGUAUAGAUUUUCUAUCUAUAAUUUUCUUCGAAAUGAUAUUUUAAGAGUUGCUGAAGUUUAACCAACUUGUUUGACGAGUGUUAUGAACAAUAGAUUUCCACUUAAAUUUCAAAUUGGCUUGGCAACUUAUGAUAGAAACGAAUGAAUGUAAAAUAAAUAACUAUCGUGUAAUCUAGGUUAUUGAUUUUGUCAGAUAAUCUUUUUCAAAACAAAUAACUAUCGUAUGAAUUUCCUGAAGAUCGUUUAGCAACAAUCAACAAUUGAAAACACACCUUGCAAAAUCUUGUAACAUUUUGUUACGUUUAUGAGAGAUAAACCUAAGUAGAUCUACCCGAUACCUAGGUAGAUGCAUCACGUGACAUAUAUUUAAUCCCAUCAAGGACACAUCACAAAUCAUUAGAUAUGUAAAGACUGAAUCUUCUCGAAUUGCAGAGUGUGAAGCAACGAUUAUUAUGAGCGAGCGGACAACCCUGCAACAAUACCAAAGACACCAAAAUCUUACGAUCAAUAAAUCAUACCUUUUCAAUAAACUAUAAUCUAUUAAAAAAACACUACACUCUCAAUGGACUAUGUUAAUAAAGGACACAAUAUACUAAAGAAAGUUCUGCUUGUUGAACACAACACUAAAAAGCAAAAAAAAAAGGACCACAAACAUUAAAUAAAAAAUUUUCCCACCAUCUCAUGCAGAACAUGAGGGAGGAGAUCUUUUCUUGAGGAGGCAGCUAAAUUUUAGAGGGCGGGCUUUUUCAAAUAAUUUUGUUAUGCAUUGACUUUUUCACUCUAGCCACAUUCAUUUCCAAUCUUUUAUUUGUUUAUCCACUAGGUCCCAAUACCCUUCUAAACAUACAACUCCAUUACCUUUUGUAACUUCGUAAUUUGAUCACACAUUUUCUCUAUUAUACCAACAAAACAGCUCCACUGAUAUUCUUAUAAGAUUGACGAAAUAAACCAUGCACGAUAUAUAGUAAUCAUUGGCCUUCUCUUUUGCUCAACCUAAGGUUGUAAAAACCUCACAUCACAUUAGUCACAUGUACAUGCACAAUUUUAUAUAUAUAUAUAUAUAUAUAUCCAUAUUGCGGUUAAGGGUCAAUCAUCUAGUCAAUAAUUCACUUUACUUCCAAAAUUCAUUUACAAUUUAUGCUUUUUCAUGAUAAAAUACUGAAGAUUUGAUAUGUAAUUAAAAAGAAAAGAGAACGGAAAAGAAAAAAAGAAACCUUUCUUUGGUACUCUUCAACAUUAAGGGCCUCUUAGUGAAGUCAUCCUUUCAGUCCUCUAUUGGCUAGAAUUUAAGAUUCAAUGUGUCCAAUUAAGAAAUUUUGCAUAAAUCUUUAGCAGCGUUUCGUUUUUAUUGCCCAUCAAUAGGUUUUACAAAUGGAAAAGAACUUUUAGCUAGAUAAUAAUGAUUGAAAAUUGUGUUGAAAUGAUUAGAACGUAACCACAUUCUCAACAGUAAAAAUCAACUUCCCCAUUUAUACUAAAUAUUGCUACAUAAGACACAAAUUUGUCCCACUAACGAAGUUGUUAAAUCAUCUAGUUCUAGAAAUAUAGAUUUAUAUUGUAAUUGGUUGAGAGAUAAAAUUAAAGAAUAUCAGUUGUAUCCUUCUAGUGUUGGUGUGUAGAUACAUAUAUGAUUCCAUUUUGGUAGUUCUUCUUUGGGGAAUCCCUAAAAAUAUAUCUAAAUUUUAUUUGUAAGGAUUGUUGGAAUCAUAAACCUUGCAUGUUCAAAAGGUUUUAGUUGAUGACACCAUCAAACUUUUGACGCAACUAGAUAAGUGGUUUCCUUGCUAUCUAUUUAUUGCUACCACCUCAUUGAAUGAUGUAUUAAUCAUUAAUACCCAAUAGGCAUAGGUGGAGGCAUUAUAUUGCAAAAGGAAGAAAAAUGCUGUGGACCUCGAGUUCUAUAGGAAAAUGUGGGAAAAAUUAUCACAAAAACUCUUUUUUUUCAGUUAUUAAUUUGAUGUCAUGAACAUAUCAAUUCUCAUGUUAACCAGAAAAAAAAAAAUACUUCGUGCUCAUACAUUCAUUGCCGUUUUAUAUCAUAUGCCAUAAUUUUUUCAAUUUAAAUGCAAUCAAACUUCUAAAUUAAGUAACAAAGUUUUUUAAGGUCGAACCCUUAUAAAAAAUUGUUAGUUUUUUUUGUAUCAAACAUAAUAUGUUGUUCUUGCAUCAAAUUUAGGAGCGAUACUUGUAUGGCUUUUCCCUUUUAGAUAUGUUUGAUUUCUAAAAAGUAAUGACGGUGAUAAUAUGUUCAUUCAUCAAAAUGAUUUGGUAAUAAUGAUACUAAAAUAAGGUGUGUAUACGUUUUCAUAUGUUAUCAUAUAUUUUAACACAUAGUUGGUUGUUGUGGAGUUUCUUGUAUGGACUUUAUUCUAGAUAAGUUCCUUCUCACAAUCAUUGUUUGUCUAGAACAUAUCACUAGAUACACUAAAUGUAUUACUUCAUCCACUAGUCAUCUCAAUUAUAACUAUUGGUUAUAAAACCACUUUCUCUCAUUUUCCUAGUUAAUCAAAGUUUGUAAGGCAAGAAGGGACUUGUAUGCCUCACAUGUCAUAGAUAAGCCCUUCUUAUCAGAGAGAAUAAUCUAAUCACACUUAAAAGUUUAAGAGGAUUUACAUUAGAAACCUUGAACUUUUGUUAGAAAGCAAAACUAUCUAAGACAAAGUGAAAUUAAACUUAUUCAAUGAGGUGAGCAAAUGUCCUGAAAAUCACAAAUCUAUAUGUCAUACGUAUAAUAUAUCCUAGAUGGUUGGAUUAUGAACAUGCCAUACCCCUGCCAAUUAAUAGAAUGAGCAAAACGUAGUUUAUCAUUUUAAGAGAACUUUGCUAUCAAAAUAACGGCAGAAGGAGCAUGUUUGUGAACCGUCGUGGCCUGAAUUGAUACAAGUUUGUGAGAGGAAAUAACUAGAACUACAAGCAAAGAGAAGAAAAUGUCCAUAAUCAACUCUUGUAGUCAAAAGUAUACAUCGUUGCAUGGGAACAAAAGACAAUCAGUUCAAAAGUUAUACUUAGGUCCUUUUGUGAAACGAUAAAUGUCAAAAACUUGUAGAAGUCCAAGUGUACAAAAAUCUUUAACGCCUCUCAAAAUUUUGCUCUCUUUACAAGAUGGCUUGGUUCAUAAACGCUUCCCGACGUUUGAGUGCUCGUAGUUUUCCAAGUCUCGUAGAUGACAACUGGUACAAAAAGCACGUGGCGAUCCAAGUGGUUGAAUGUCAAGUUUUCUAAAGUACCAACGGAUAUGAGGAAAAGAAGAUUGAUUCCAAGUGAACCAAGAGUGUCAUAUUAGCACGAGCGUAGUAUAGUAGACACCAUAAGGUCACUUUAUUAUAGAUGACGCAAGUUCCAUUUAAGGAUUUAGGUACUAAAGCUGAAAUAGGUAACCAUAAAGUGACUACACUCUCAUUCCCAAAAAAAAAAAAGAAAAAGUGACUACACUUGGGUCUAGCUUGGUCAAUGAUGAACCUGCAGCAAACUCUGGCUUUAAUUUAGCGGAUGGUGCUCCUAGUUGAUACAUUCAGAUAAUUUGUUUUCUCUGCCCUACUGAGGAUUCCUACACCUUUGUGCAACUAUCAGAGGUUGUACCAGCAAACCCUAUCCUUUUUGCAUAUAGUGAAUUAUGACCGUACGUGGCAUGUGCUACACGACAAUUAUUCCUGUAUUUUCAAUAUCGCAAGUAUCACACGUUCCACUACUUUUUCCCUUUCCUGAAGCGCUUCCUUGAUCCUACAAGUAGACUGCAGUUUCCACCUUAAAGACUCGGCUAACAUAUUCUAUUGUUUCAGCAUGAAUGGAAUUGUUAACCGGUAUCACAGCUCCACCCAACUGGAAGGAGAGGAAGGAGAAAAGUGUUCUGGAGAAAGUCCAAAGGGUUCUCGAGGAGCCAGAUGUUGAUCAACUAAACCUGAAUGGCCUGGUGCAGUUGGAAGAACAACUUGAGGAUGCCCUUUCUCAAACAAGAUCUAAAAAGACACAGAUGUCCUUGCAAUCCAUAGCAGGUUUCAUUGAAAUGGAAAAGAAGCUUAGGGAACAAAACAAAGAUCUGCAAGACCAGCUGAAUGGAGCCAGAAAUUCACCAAAGCAGAAGAGCAAUGAAGUUACACUGGAAUUCAGGGACCUUGCAGAUGGUGAGAUGAUUCCAAAGCGGCGGCGGCAGCAGCAGCAGCAGCAGCAGCAGCAGCAGCAGCAGGUGGCUCUUAACCUACUUUGA